AAGGCGCUGUCCUUUCUAACCCCCCCUCUUCGUCGGUUUUCAACGCAGAGCGGGAAAACGGAACGUAGAGAAGGUGCCCAAGCGGAAGGGAGUAAGCCUUCACAUUCUUGGAAGUUUGGCAGAGAGAGCGAGCAAGAGCAAAACAGUUGUUGGUGUAUUAGGUCUUUGGUAUUGGCUAUGAUGACCAAUGUGAUCGAUAAAGAUCAGCAAUGGCUGCUCAACUGCUUGUCCGCCACUCUCGAUCCGAACCAGGAGCUCCGCUCCUUCGCUGAAGCUUCCCUUCAUCAGGCCUCUCUUCAACCAGGUUUUGGAACUGCACUAUCCAAGGUUGCUUCAAACAGGGAGCUUCCGCUGGGGUUGCGCCAGCUAGCUGCCGUCCUUCUGAAGCAGUUCAUUAAGAAACACUGGGAGGAGGGUGAUGACUCUUUUGAACAUCCUGCUGUUUCAAGUGAUGAAAAGGCAGUCAUUCGCAGACUUCUUUUAUUUUCAUUGGAUGACUCUCACAAAAAAAUUUGCACAGCAAUUAGUAUGGCUGUGGCAUCCAUUGCAGUCUAUGAGUGGCCAGAGAAUUGGCCUGACUUAUUGCCGUUCAUGCUGAAGUUGAUAAGUGAUCAAACUAAUAUGAAUGGUGUUCAUGGAGCUCUAAGGUGCUUAGCUCUUCUAUCUGGAGACUUGGAUGAUAAAAUGGUGCCAGCACUUGUUCCGGUUUUGUUCCCAUGCUUGCUUACAAUUGUGUCAUCUCAUCAGGUCUAUGACAAAUACGUACGGGCAAAAGCCACUUCAAUAGUUUAUUCUUGUGCCUCUGUGCUGGGGGCAAUGGGUGGUGUAUACAAGACAGAAAGCACUGCAUUAAUAGGGCCAAUGCUUAAAUCAUGGAUGGAUCAGUUUUCUAUUAUUUUAGAAGAGCCUGUGCAACCUGAAGAUCCUGAUGAUUGGAGUCUAAGGAUGGAGGUUUUGAAGUGUUUGAAUCAGUUUGCUCAGAAUUUUCCUAGCCUUACUGAAAGUCAAUUUAUGGUAAUUGUCAGACCAUUGUGGAAAACAUUUGAAUCAUCUCUUAGGGUAUAUGUGAGAUCAUCUAUUGAAGGUACAGAAGAUUCAUAUGAGGGAAGAUACGACUCUGAUGGUGCAGAGAAGAGCCUUGAUUCAUUUGUCAUCCAGAUGUUGGAGUUUCUUCUGACCGUUGUUGGUAGUGCAAAAUUGGUAAAGUUUGUUGCAAAUAGCGUCAAGGAGGUGGUGUAUCAUACCAUUGCUUUUCUGCAAAUGACAGAACAGCAGGUGCAUACUUGGUCAGUGGAUGCUAACCAAUUUGUUGCUGAUGAGGAUGAUGUCACUUAUAGCUGUCGUGUUUCUGGAUUGCAAGGGAUCAAAAUGCUGCUGUGGCAGAUUAUCUCCAAUGUACGGAUACUAAUAUUCUGUGGAUCACUUUUACUCGAAGAGAUUGUUAAUACUUGCGGUGGAGAAGGAAUAGAUGCAAUCAUGGAUGCGGCAAAAAAGCGAUUUAACGAGUCACAACAACAAAAAGCUUCUGGUUCUACGGUUUGGUGGAGGAUAAGGGAGGCUACUCUAUUUGCGCUGGCAUCUGUUUCCGAACAACUGGUUGAAUUACAGGUGUUGGAAGUGACAAGAGUUGAUGUAGGAAACCUUUUGGAGCAAAUAAUCACCGAAGACAUUGGGAUUGGGGUACAUGAAUGUCCCUUUCUUUAUGCUCGUAUUUUUACGUCAAUUGCUAAGUUCACCUCUGUGAUCAGUCAUGGAGUUCUUGAGCAGUUACUCAAUGCUGCUAUCAGGGCAAUUGGCAUGGAUGUGCCUCCACCUGUAAAAGUAGGCACCUGCAGGGCACUUUCCCAGCUUCUACCUGAAGCAAACAAGGAAACUAUUCGACCCCAAAUGAUGGGUUUAUUUUCAUCACUUGUUGAUCUUCUUAACCAAGCAUCUGAUGAGACCUUGCACCUGGUGCUUGAAACACUGCAAGCUGCAAUUAGGGCUGACAAUGAAUCAUCGGCAUCCAUGGAGCCCAUCAUCUCUCCUGUAAUCCUUAAUGUGUGGGCAUUGCAUGUCUCAGAUCCUUUUAUCAGCAUUGAUGCACUUGAUGUUCUGGAGGCAUUAAAAAAUUCUUCUGGUUGUAUACAUCCACUGGUAUCCCGAGUCUUGCCAUAUAUUGGGCCAAUUUUAGACAAAGUACGGCUUCCCCAACAACAGCCUGAUGGAUUAAUAGCGGGGUCAUUGGAUCUGAUGACUAUGCUCUUGAAGGAUUCUCCUAGUGAUGUAGUGAAAGCCAUCUAUGAUGUCUGUUUUGGAGCUGUUGUCCGGAUAGUUCUUCAAAGUGAUGAUCAUAGUGAAAUGCAGAAUGCAACUGAAUGUUUGGCUGCUUUUGUAUCUGGGGGAAGACAAGAAAUGAUCACUUGGGGUGGUGAUUCUGGAUUUACCAUGAGAAGUUUACUCGAUGCAGCUUCGAGGCUUCUGGACCCCGAAUUGGAAAGCUCUGGUUCUCUUUUCGUUGGGACCUACAUUCUGCAGCUUAUACUGCAUUUGUCAUCUGAAAUGUCACAGCAUAUUCGAAACCUGGUUGCUGCUCUUGUUAGACGGAUGCAAUCUGUUCAAAUAGUGGGAUUGAGAAGUUCAUUGUUACUUAUUUUCGCUAGACUAGUUCAUAUGAGUUCCCCAAAUGUUGAGCAAUUUAUUGCUUUGCUGGUCAGCAUCCCAGCUGAAGGCUAUGAUAAUUCCUUUGCUUAUGUAAUGUCAGAAUGGACGAAGCAGCAAGGUCCUGUCGGGUUCGACCUGAAUAAAUAAAUGUGUCAAAUGGGGUGGGUUGGGUCAACCCGUGAAAUGAUCAUGCGGAUUCAGCCAGACUAAAAAUGACCCAAACCUGAAUGACCUGACCUGACAUGUUUGAAAGCCUUGUGUUUUACUGCUAAUUGGGUUUGGGUGUUGAGAAGUGUUGGGGUAUGUUGUGAAUAGUAGUAAAAAGUAAUAAUAAAAUAUUGAAUAGUAGUAAAAAGUAAUGAAUAGUAUUAAAAAAAUAUGUAAAAAGUAAUAAUAAAAUAAUGAAUAGUAACUUAUCAAAAAAAUAAUGAAUAGUAGUGGAAUAUGUUGAGAAGUGUUGAAAGUAUCUCAACACCCAAACACACAUUAUAUAUAGGUGUUUCAUUGUGCAUGGGUGAUGAAAAGGAUGAGAUAAUUAGUAAGAUAUUACAUAUACAUUUUUUUUUAUUGGCACUGGGUAUCUAGGAACAGUCCCAACUAAUCUCAGGGUGCAUAGUCCCUCAGUAAGGAAUUUUUCCUUGAAUUACCCUAGGUGCAUUUAAGGGAAAUUUCCCCAGUCCAAUGGCCCCUAGAAAUUGUUUGCACCCAAGGGGUUCGAACCUUAAGACCUAGAGGGAGCAUACCACCAAGACUAGACUAAGGCCCUUACCACUAGGGUUCGUUGCAAACCUUAGUCCAAUGGCCACUUGUCAUAUACGUUUGACAAGGCCAGAAGUACAAAAUAUGAAAAACUAAGGAUUUUAAAGGGGAGAGACAUUGAAAAGCUCCCGCCCUUUUCUUAUGAUAUUUAGUCAGACAUACAGGGAUGUGGGGUUAAUGAUAUAUCAAAUAGAAGUUGAAUCCCUGUCAAUACAGAUAAGAUUUGGCUUCGUCACAUGUGCAGGGCUUUGUGAAAGUGCAGCCUUGCAGUGGCAAUUUCUUGUAUUAAUAUCGUUUUGAUCGAUGGGAAAAUGAAGAAAAGUGGGUUUUGAAAUCUACCCACCUUUCUUCCCAAUUAUUCAAUCCUAUUUCCUUGAAUUGGGGUGUGCAAUUCUUGAGUUAAUUAUGAUAGCUGUUGUUACAAUUAAUUUUGAAGGUGAUUGUUUGUUCUGUAUAAGGAAUGGAGUUGGAUUUUGUGAAACUUAAUGGUAUGAAAGAGGCUAACCAGUCUAGUAGGAGGAUCCCUUUUCCCCAACUUGUGCCCUUGAAUGAUGGAACAAGAUAGAAGUACAACCAUUUAGCUCCCCUUCCCUUUCCAAAUGUUACUAAAGCUAGAAUCUAUUUUUUGAAACAUUUGUGGCUAAUUCAUUUUAAUAUCAGGUAGUAGUUUAUAGCAAUUGAAACCUUUUUUUUUUUUAAAUGAAUAAGAUCUUCAUUAGACUGAAAAAAGGAAGAUACAAAAUAAGGGGGUAGAAAGCCUGACAAAACAUUUAGUUACAAUCA